AUGCACGCGCACUUGCGCGCCGCUGGUACAACGGACCUGCAGCAGCAGCAGCAGCAGCAGCAGCAGCAGCAGCAGCAGCAGCAGCAGCAGCAGCAACAGCAGCAGCAGGGGAAGCUGCAGCAGGGGGCUGCCUACAGUAGCGAGAGCGACAGCUGGGGUGUCCAUACACCUGAGACCCUCACAACAGCACCUCAGUCCCCAAACGGCGGACAGAGCAGCAGCAGCAACAAGAGCAGCAGCAGCAGCAGCAGCAGCAGCAGCAGGAACAGCAGCAGCAGCAGCAGCAGCGGCAACGAAAGCCCCCUGCAGCACCCAAACGCCCCCGCAAGACAAGACAUUUUGCUGCGUCUGAGCCGUCUGAGGCAGCAGCUUGCGCUGGGCACGAAGCAGCAGCAGCAGCAGCAGCAGCAGCAGCAGCAGCAGCGAGGACACGGGGCGUCUCUGCCCCUGCUGCCGGCCUUUCGAACGCCGCAAGAAGCAGCAGCAGCAGCAGCAGCAGCAGCAGCACAAGGGCAGCACGAGGGGAGUCCUGCUGCCCUGCUUGGCCAGUUUGGCUGUGCAGCAGCAGCAGCAACAGCAGCAGCAGCAGCAGCAGCAGCAGCACUGCCCUGCUUGGCCAGUUUGGCUGUGCAGCAGCAGCAGCAACAGCAGCAGCAGCAGCAGCAGCAGCAGCAGCAGGAAUAUUCUCCCCUUCAAACACUUCUGGCACACCACCGAGCAGCUCUUCUUUCAACUUUCGAGAAGCAAGCAGCAGCAGCAGCAGCAGCAGCAGCAGCAGCAGCGACACAGUUGGGCUGCUGGCGCUGCAGCGGGGAGCAGCAGGACUCUUGCCUGCAGCAGCUGCGAGCACAUUCCACGGCAGCAGCAGCAACAGCAACAGCAGCAGCAGCAGCAGCAACAGCAGCACGCUGCCUUGCUGCUGCUCUGCACCGACGGCAGCAGCAGCAGCAUCAACAGCAGCAGGAGCUGCAGCACCAGCGGGCAGUGCAGCAGCAGCAACAACUGCAGCAGCAGCAGCAGCAGCAGCAGCAGCACUCAGUCUAUAUUGGGGUAUACGGCGGCGGCAGCAUGGAGCCGAGCAGCAGCAGCAGCAGCAGCAGCAGCAGCAGCAGCAGCAGCAGCAGCAGAGACUGCUGCUUGUCCCCGCAGCAGCAGCUCGAGGGCGACCGCCUGGUGUCUGCAUGCAGCAGCAAAAGUCAAAGACUGCAGCGUUUGGAGCAGCGGCUGUCGGGGCUGCACGCGGGUUUGGAGCGGCAGCGGCAGCAGCGUUUUCAGCACACGCAGCGGCGGGUAGAUGGCUUGGAAGCUGCUGUUGCUGCUGCUGAGGCGGAGACCCACACAGCGCUGGACAGCCUCAAGAGCCGAGUUGCUGCUGCAGCACAAGUGCUGCUGCAGCAGCAGCAGCGAGCUGAUGAAGAGCAGCAGCAAGCCGAAAGGUACACGCAGGAAAUGGCCAAGAGGUUGCAGCAGCUGCUGCAGUCAGAGCAGCGGGCACUGCGAGACGCAGAGGCGUCGCUGCUGCAGGCCUUUGAGAAAAGGGCCUUGGCUUUAAAGUCAGAAAUUCUCCAGGAAAACCAAUUGAGGCAAGACCAAGAGGCCAGCAUUGUGCAGUACUGCGAGGUGGAAAUCCCAAAGUUGCGAGAGGCCCUGCAGGCUGAAGUGCGGGAGCGGGAAGCUAUGGAGAACAGAAUUGUGAGGGAAGUCGCCGAACAGAUGCAGCGCCUACAGAGUCUAAUACAACAAGAAAAAGAAUCCAGAGAAAAGUAUUUAAAUUCUCUCUUGGGAUUGAUGGAAGAAGUUGUGCAAGAAGUGCAAAAAGAUAUAAAGCAGCAGCAGCAGCAGCAGCAAAUUAGUGAGUCUUCUUUGGUGGCCUUAAUGGAGCAAACAGUGGAGAGAAUUGCUUCAGCAAUUUGA